AUGGAUAAAUUGCGCAAAGAAGCCCGUGAGGCUCUCGUGCAGAGCCCUGGCAAAAUGCCAAUCGGUUUCUUCCCCGCCGUUGCGGCUGCGUCCAAAAGUGAUUUGGCUCAAUUAUGGCAAGACGUUGCUGCUUACGAUCACUCGACGCAUUUGAAUAUUUGCGAGAGUCUCGUUACCGUGACCAGUUAUAUCGACUACUGGGAUGGGAUGCUUCCAAAUGACCAAGGCCCGCGACCCCUAAAACCAGCUGAGGCCAAGGCUGUGAACAACUUGUUCGACUGGGCGAGUGCUGCUGCUUUGCCUUCGUCGGAUUUUGCAGUCAGCUUUGAUGAGACUGCCGAUAUUUCAGACGAUAUUAUCAAGGCCCAGAACGAGAGUCGGUUUAGAUCUGAGCUUGCUCUGGAGCUGAUUUUGGUUUUAAACAAGCCCCUGGCAGGAUUGCCAAAUGGCAAGCCAGACAAUGCGGCAGAUAUUCUUCUCGCGGGAGCAUGUUUUGCCAACAAGCAAAACCCAUGGGCCACAUCAGAGAGCUACAAUGCGUCGUCGAUGCUCAUGAACGUAUGGGUUCAGGACACUCGUCGCAGCAAUGCAUUCUGGCCUGCUAUCGACUUCAUCCUUAGGGACAGGAUUAGGCCUCUUUUUGCAAAGACAAAAAAUCCCGCCAUCACCAGUGCCGGCCGCAAGAACUUCCAUCCUCAAACUCUACCUCGCUUCGGUGCAAGCGAUCUGGAUGCAUCAGCAAAACCAUGGAAGACAGCCGAUGUCUACGUCGCAUCUGUGUUGUCAUGGAUCCUCUCACAGUACCAACCCGAGGACAAGACGCAAUUCGAAGCGCACUUCCAGCUUUUCGUGCCCACUAUCCUAGCAAUGGUUGACGACAACAACCUCCCAUUCAAAACAAAAGGCUGUGCCCUACUCGCUCAGCUGCUGCAACCGAUCCAAGAAAGCGGCUCGGACAUCAUCCGACGAACAAACCUCACCUCCGUCUUUGAAGACGCCGUCACGCCGUGUCUUCUAUCCCUACCAUCCAUCACACCCGAGGAUAGAUCCUUAGAUCUACUAGGAGCAGCAUACCCAGCCCUCCUCUCCACCCUCAAAACCGCCUACAAAGGCCCCAACCAAUCCGAAAAGGAUAAGGAAGCCUACACUACCAGCCUCGCCAAAAUCCUCCGAUCAAACCUCAUCUCCUCCUUCCACCACGUCAGCUCCAGCACUCCAGCCUCCGGCUCGACGGCAUCCUUCCCACACCCCCGUCUCUCAACCUUCCUCCUAGAAAAUAUAACCAUCAUCACCAACGAGCUGGGAAUCCACACUACAAAGUACCUCCAAGAACUCAUCCCAGUCCUCUACACAACACUAUCAAACCCCUUCGGAACAGCACAUCCCCCACUCCUGCUAGCCGCAGCAGCAGCUACGCAGGCGGUGAUCAAGAACGCACACCCACGUAUCUGGCGCUGGCGCGGUGAGAUCCUGAGCGGGCUUAUUUUGUGCUGGCUCCAUAUUGCCGAGGAUAGCAGGGAGUCCGUGGCUGAGCUAGCUGAGAUGAAGCGCGAGUUGCAGAAGACGCUUCAGGUUUUGAAGCUUGUUUUGCUGAACCCUGUUGCUAUCGCGGAUGAUGUCCCAGAGCCAGAACAGGUGCAGGUAAAGGAAAAUGUGGAUAAGGAGUUCCAGGAGCUUAUUGAUACGGAUGCAGAGCUUAAGGGGCUUUUUGCUUAA